CAAGCAGCCCAAGACGUUCGCGUUCGACCACUGCUUCGACUCCCUGGCCGUCGAGAGCAGCGCCUUCGCCACGCAGGAAACGGUCUUCACGGCCGUCGGGGUCGACAUCCUCAACAACGCCUUCACGGGCUACAACGCCUGCAUCUUCGCCUACGGCCAGACCGGCUCUGGCAAGUCGUACACCAUGAUGGGCACGGCGGACAACAAGGGCCUGAUCCCUCGCCUCUGCGACACCCUCUUCGAGCGGAUCGCUGCCAGCGCUCAACAAAGCACCUCGCACAAGGUCGAAGUCUCGUACAUGGAGAUCUACAAUGAGAAGGUACAUGACUUGCUCGACCCCAAAGGAUCCAGACAGACGCUGAAGGUGCGAGAGCAUAAUAUUCUGGGUCCUUACGUCGACGGCCUCUCGCUUCUCGCCGUCUCGUCGUAUGAGGAAAUCGAGCAGCUGAUCGAGGAAGGAAACAAAGCCAGGACAGUUGCAGCCACAAACAUGAACAGCGAAUCCUCUCGGUCUCAUGCAGUGUUCACCGUCGUGCUCACCCAGACCAUGACAGAUGUUGCCUCGGGCGUGUCUGGGGAGAAGGUUUCCAAAAUGUCGCUGGUGGAUCUGGCCGGCUCCGAGCGGGCAGUGAAGACCGGGGCCGUGGGCGAGAGAUUAAAGGAGGGUUCCAACAUUAACAAAUCCCUGACAACUCUGGGUUUAGUAAUAUCGAAGUUGGCAGACUCAGCUGUUGGCAGGGGAAAGAGCAAAGGAGAUAACUUUAUACCUUAUCGUGAUUCUGUCCUAACAUGGCUUCUGAAGGACAACCUCGGAGGCAACAGUCGCACAGUCAUGGUGGCCACGGUGUCCCCGGCGGCCGACAACUACGAGGAGACGCUGUCCACCCUGAGGUACGCGGACAGGGCCAAGAGGAUCGUCAACCACGCCGUCGUCAACGAAGACCCCAACGCCAAGAUCAUCAGGGAACUGCGCGAGGAAGUGGAGACAUUGCGAACUCAACUGCAGUCUCUGCGCCAGGUGACAAGAGACGGCCAUGCCUCCCUCCAAGAAGAGGAAAGUCUUAAUGAGAAGUUGCAUGAGAGUGAGAAGCUUAUUACCAAUCUCUCGGAAACGUGGGAGGAUAAGUUGAAAAAGACAGAACGUGUCCAGCAGGAGAGACAGCAAGCCCUGGAGAAGAUGGGCAUUAGUGUACAAGCAUCUGGCAUUAGCGUUGAGAAGAACAAGUAUUACCUUGUGAACCUCAAUGCAGAUCCUUCCCUCAAUGAAAUGCUUGUGUAUUAUCUGAAGGAUCGAACUCUUGUUGGGCGACCUGAUGCCGGGUCAACGCCAAAUGACAUUCAGCUCUCAGGUGUUGGCAUAGAGACGCAUCACAGUGUGUUGGUUAUAGAAAAUUCUGAUCUAUUCCUAGAACCUUAUCCCAAUGCCAGAACAUGCGUCAAUGGUUCUCAGGUGACAGAAAAACUACAGCUAAGGCAUGGAGACCGAAUAUUGUGGGGCUUUAAUUACUUCUUCAGAGUCAACUGUCCUAAGACAAGUACUGGUGGCAACAACUCGGAGCCUCAGACUCCUGCUCAACCAAUUGACUACAAUUUUGCCCGUGAGGAACUGAUGUUGAAGGAACUUAGUAAUGACCCCAUACAGGCAGCUAUACAAAACCUUGAACGUCAACAUGAAGAAGAUAAACAAAUGGCUUUGGAGAAACAAAGACAAGAAUAUGAAAAACAGUUCCAGCAACUGAGAAACAUUUUAUCCCCCACAACUCCUUAUGCACCAUAUAUGCCAUUUGACCCUCUGAGGGGAACCAAGAUGACUCCCUCUACUCCCACAUCUCAGCUUCGGAUAGAAAAAUGGGCUCAGGAAAGAGAGGACAUGUUCAAACGGAGUCUGGCACAGCUGCGGCAAGACAUCAUGAAAGCCAAUACCUUAGUCCGGGAAGCCAAUUUCUUUGCGGAUGAAAUGGGCAAGCAGACGACCUUUGGGGUGACCCUCCAGAUACCUCCCCAGAACCUCUCUCCAAACAGGAAGAGGUCGGCAUUUGUCAGUGAGCCUGCUAUUCUAGUCAAGAGGAAAGGAAAGCCAAACCAGGUUUGGUCAAUGGAGAAGCUGGAACAUAAACUGAUUGUGAUGCGUGAGAUGUAUGAUGAAAAGCAAAAUGACCCCCUGGUGUCCCGUCCUGAAGCGGAUCCAUUUUACGAAAGUCAGGAAAAUCAUAAUCUUAUUGGAGUGGCAAACAUAUUCCUAGAUUGCCUUUUCCAUGAUGUGCGGCUAAAUUACCACAUUCCAAUUAUCUCACAACAAGGAGAAGUGGCAGGGAGACUACAGGUUGAAAUAAGUCGCAUUUCUGGUCAAUUCCCACAAGAGCGUUUUGCAGACACCCUCUCUGAAUCAUCUGGAGAUUCUGCACAGAGUAGAGAAGAUGAAGAAAUUCAGAAUAAUACAGUCACAGUUAGGGUAUGCAUCAAACAGGCAGCUGGACUUCCCCCUUCUCUGUCACACUUUGUAUUUUGUCAGUACCAAUUUUGGGGACAGACAGAAAGUGAAGUAGUUGCACCUGUUGUCAAUAAUGAGUUUCCUGCAGCUCCAACUUCUAAAGACUCAAUGACAUUUAAGUUUGAACAUUCAAAAGAUUAUACAGUCAUGGUCACAGAAGACCUCUUAGAGCACUGUGCUGACGGUGCUCUCUCCAUUGAGGUUUGGGGUCACAGGUCUGCUGGCUUUGGUAUUUCACGUCCUGGUUGGGAGGUUGACCAACAGUUGGCCAAGGCUCGGUCUCUUGUUGACAGAUGGAACGAAUUGACAAGGAAAAUAGAGAUGUGGGUCGAGAUUCAGGAACUUGGAGAAUGUGGAGACUAUGUUUCUGUUGAGGUGUUACCACAAAAAGAUGUUUUAACUGGCGGUGUUUACCAGUUGCGUCAAGGGCAACAGCGGCGGGUAGUUUGCCGGGUGAAGCCUGUUUCCAACUCUGGUACUCUUCCAUUGAUAUGUGAGGCAAUAACAAGUAUAAAUAUUGGGUCAGUAUGCGGACGUCUGAGAUGCCAGCGGCAGUUAGACUCGUAUACUGAAGAAGAUCUUAAUAUUCUUCGUGAGAGAUGGAGUGAAGCUCUGAAGCGAAGAAGAAUGUAUUUAGACCAACAGAUCCAAAAAAUUAUCAACAAAGGGGACAAAAAUGAGCACGAUGUGGAGCGUGAACAGUCACUUGUGGAUCAGUGGGUAACUUUAACAGAAGAGAGAAAUGCAGUAUUGGUUCCUGCCGCUGGAUCCAACAUUCCAGGCGCUCCAGCUGAUUGGGAUCCACCCUCAGGCAUGGAGGCUCAUGUCCCAGUUCUUUUCCUUGAUCUAAAUGCUGAUGACUUCUCAACACAAGGCUUUGGUGAUACCAUGACCAUUGCUGGAACGAAUGCCAUAAUUCCAAAGGAAAACUGCAACAAAUUCUUCCAGUUGCCAAUUAUCAAAUGUUAUGAAAAGGAUGUUUGUGCUGUAGCCUCUUGGGAUUCUUCCAUCCAUGACAACCAGUACCUCAAUAGACUCACGCCAAACGAUGAAAGAGUGUACCUGAUUGUAAAAGCAGUUGUGCGUCUCUCGCACCCUGCACCAAUGGAUAUGGUAUUAAGGAAACGUCUGGCAGUCAAUAUCUAUAAAAAACAGUCAUUAACAAGCAAAUUUGUCAAGUCAUUCAUUGGCUCAACAAAUACCCUUUAUGAAACUGGUAUCAUGUAUGAAGUUGUAUCAAACAUUCCAAAGGCAAGUGAAGAAUUGGAGGAACGAGAAUCACUUGCCCAAAUGGCAGCUAAUGCUGAUGAUUCUCAUGCAGAAGAUGGAGAAACGUAUAUUGAAAAAUACACGAAGGGGGUGACGUCAGUGGAAUCCAUCCUAAUGCUGGACAGAUUGCGGCAAAACGUAGCCGUCAAAGAAUUGCUCCAGUCGGCUGGAAGGCCACUCAUGAGGAAGACUGCAUCCGUCCCUAACUUUUCUCAUUUAUUCGGAAGUCUGGAUGGAGGAUUGGAUGGAGUCACACGCUCAGGUAGUGUGAUGGACCUCAAUGCACAGUUGUCCUCUGCACCCACACCAAACCAUGCAGACAAGAACAAACAUCGGUACUCUUUACCUGGGCCUAGUGAGAGGCCGUUUGGCUUGUCUCGACCUACGUUCCUCAAUUUGAACCUGAACCUCAACUCUCUCAGACUUCAGGGAUCCACUCCUGCCAAGUCAUCUCCGAGUCCUGGGCCCAUGAAAAUGACGCCAAGAAUGACAACGCUGCAUGAGGAGAACACAAGAGAGGCAGCUCCUCUGCUCCACAUGGAGGAGGAGGAGGAGGAGGAGGAAGGAAGAUGAUGAGGAGGAGGUGAUGGUGAGGAAGAGUUCAGUGACUUUGCUUCCUAUAGAAGUUCUAGCAGGAGGAGUGCGCCUUCUUCACACAGUAGAACACUUGAUUCUUUGAAUGAGGUUGCCGCUACCAAGGCUGGGACGCCAUCAACGGUGUCAAGUGGCUAUGGCUCAGGUGCAGUGUCAUCCACGACACUGAGUGAAGAUUCGCUCUCAGUACGAAGUGUGAGUGUUGACGAAACUCCAGACAAAGACCUCCCUGCUAACCAUGCAACAAUGGAUGUCUCCACUAUUAGUUCCGGUGAGAGCGAUUCCAGUGAUACAAGAACAGUGAUCAAUCAGCACCUGGGAACGUUACAUCACCCGGAUGCUAGCGACUACACUGGCCGCAUGCAGACAGAAUCCUCCAGUGAGCUAAAGAUCAUCGAGGAUGACGAAAACAAGGAAAAUUCCAAAAACCUCCAGGUGGCUGACAUCCACAACUCCUACAAUAACAAAGGGUCUAUCACCAUCGAUGCCAGUCCCCCAAAGUCCGUGAGUCCCGUGUCUCCCGCCGCUUCCUUCUCCUCCACCACAUCACCGCUGCCCUCAACAGUCACCCCUGAGGUUGUGAUGAGGCGAGGAGGAUCAGGCAAGCGGAACCCCACCCACCGGAUGUCCUUUCCUCUGGCCCAUUCACAGUCCCAUUCCGUCAUCGAUUCUCAUACAAUGAACGGUGCAUCGCCUGCAUCUUCUUCUGAAUGCGUUGCAGAUGGAGAGAAAACUCCGCCAGUCAUCAGUAGCAAGCCUCUAGCUCCCCUACCAGACUGGUGUGAGGUGGGAGAGAGUGUACAGAUCCGACCCUACAACUACUCUGGUGUCAUUGCUUAUAUCGGCCACACAGAUUUUGCACCAGGAACCUGGGUUGGAGUAGAGCUGGAUGUUCCAAUGGGUAAAAAUGAUGGAUCCCUGAAUGGAGUUCGGUACUUUGCAUGCCGUCCAAAGUGUGGCAUGUUUGUCAAGCCAGAGAAAUUACUGUUGGAUCGACGGGGUCGAGCCAUGAGAGCUGGCCGCAACAAUGGCUCAGGUCAAAGUGGCAUGGGUGACAUGAAACGCUCGCGAUCCACGGCAGAGAGGCUCAGUGACGUUGGAAUAAGGAAAAGUGCCAGCAAAAGUGAGGGUCUGAACAGCAUGCGACGCUCCAAGAGCCGAGCUGAGGGUCUUUCCUCGCUCUCCGACCGCUCAAAAUCUGCCACUUCUCGAAUUAGGAAAUAAGCUGUAAGACUCAAGUCCUGGUAGAGUUAUCUCUGGUAAAACAAAAUAAAAAAGGCUGCUAUAUACAGGGUGCAUUGCAAGCAAGUUGUGUGCCAACUGGAACAUAAAGAGUUAGCAAAUUUUAUUUAACCCAGUUACUUAAGGUUAUUGUUCUCACCUUUACAUUGAUUUUAUUAACAAAAAAAGAGAAAAUAAACAUAGAACAAUGUAAUAAGAAGCUGGCAAUUGCACAACUAUUGUGAGCAGCACAGCCCCAAACUUCCAUCAAGUGUUACCCUGAGAACACGUCCCUGUUAUCCCUCCAUUGUGAGAUCCUCUUGUAUGGUAGCAAUAGAUAGAUUGUACUUAACCUGCUUCAGGAUUUGAGCACUUCCGUCGAUAUUAAAUUACUAUUUUUUGAUUUUUAAUAAUUUUAUUGUGAAAUACAUAUGACUCAAGAUUUAUGAGUUUUGUUCAGAUUUUAUGCUUGUAAGAUUGACUAGUACUUGAAAGGAAGUCUGAAAUGAAAGUAUGUUAUUAUUUUACCACAUUAUAGAUUACUUUUUAUUGAAAUUAUAUACUUUUAAUAAUAAAUCUGACUUUCCAUCGUCCAGAAUGUAUAGAAUUAAUACCAUUUCAUACAUCAUAGACAUAUUUAUGGCCAAUUUGUGUACAGUGUAACAAGACAAGUAUGAAGUAAAUCAUAAAUGUUUUUACUCACCACAAGAUUUGUGGAAUACUGUGUUGGCUUUCUGUGCUUCGAACUGCUGGAAUAUAGAUGUAGAUGCUUUGGUGGACAAAUGAAGGACUUGAUUGUUAUAAGAAAAUGUAUCAGUACUAAAGAUCAAAAGGUUAAAAAAAAGAGACCUAUGAGAGAUGUGUCUUUAUUUUGAAAGUUAUGAUUUUGUCAAGUUCUUCAUAUUAUUUGACACCAUGUGUAUGUUUCCAUGAUGAUUUGUAAUGUUCAACUGUAUAUAAAAGGAUGUAAUACA